UACUGGUCCUCAUUGUGACUGCCCUGGGCUGCCUGCUCCCACCUCACUGUCCCAGGGUCGGCUCCUGCUCUUCAGGAAGGAGCAGUGAAUCAACAAAUCACAAUAACCAUGACACGCUGCAGCACGGUCACCAUGACAACCUAACAAAGCGAUGUACUAUAGACCACGUGAUGCCGUCCAAAAUGCGUCCCAAUACACUACUUCCGACUCCGGCCGGGAACACAUGACAGCACGGACUUCCGGGAAGAAGUCUGGAAAAUAGGAGGAUUGUCUGAAAGCUCUGUCAACGCCGGAAGUGAGCCAAAACAGCAUCGAACAGUAUGGACACUGAGAAAAAGGUCACGGACUGCGUCAUGCGCACAAGAACUCUCUGCAUACCGCAGCCUAUUUAAGGAAGAAGGAAGCACCUGCAGUAACAUUGGGACGGAGAAGACUGCAACAGAUCAGAAUGGAUGUGUUUAUGAAAGGCUUGUCCAAAGCAAAGGAAGGGGUGGUGGCUGCUGCUGAGAAAACCAAGCAAGGGGUAGCAGAGGCAGCAGAGAAGACCAGGGAAGGUGUCCUAUAUGUGGGGAGUAAAACCCGUGAUGGAGUAGUACAAGGAGUGGCCUCAGUGGCUGAGAAGACCAAAGAGCAGGCAUCUCAGCUGGGAGGGGCUGUCAUGUCCGGGGCCGGAAACAUUGCUGCCGCUACUGGUCUAGUGAAGAAAGAUGACUUCCCCACAGAUAUAAAGCCUGAAGAGGAAGCUCAAGAAGCUUUGGAAGAACCUGCCGCUGAACCUCUGCUGGAGCCAGAAGGGGAGAACUAUGAGGAAGCCCCCCAGGAUGAUUACCAGGAAUAUGAACCAGAAGCAUAACAUCCCUACACUCUGGACCCAGCCACCAGCAGCAUCAGCAGCACAAAGAUAGCUAUAAUAAAGAUACUAAUAAAAUCCCCGUCUCCUGUGCCCUGUCCUUCCCCAAGAGGAGCGUGAAGUCCACCCCUUCUCUUCCCCCGAGAAGUGAGCUCUUCCUUUACUCCACCUUCAGAGAGCCUCAUGUGAAGUGAUUUUUAUGUAUGGUAAUUCCUUAACGUUGAGUCAUAGUUCAAACAAAACUGGUGUUUAAAACAAAAAAAAAAGCCCUUUGUAAUGUAUGAACCCAUGAAUGCAUUGUAAUUGUCUUUGCAGUCCUAGUGCCCCCGGGGAAUUAUAUCUGUUUCCCUCCCAGAAUAUAAUUUCCGGGGGUUACUUUUUAGUGAGUUUUGUCUCCCAUAGUUCAUUUUAUUUUGUUCUGAUUUUUAAAGCUUGUUCUAUGGCAGGGGGGCCUGCAACCGCCUGUAACUGAAUAAGCAUAUCAUUUCUUGCGUCUACCUACAUAACUAAAGCAUGUUUUAACUUUUUAUAUUGAGAUGGUGAAAAACAUCGAAAAAUGUUUCUUUUUUUAAUUAACUAAGUGGCUUCCAUCAAUCCUGCAACUCUGCACUUCUUUGGAAGUCGCGGAGUUAAGUGAAAAACACAAAAAAAUGUAGCUGUGGAUGACUGACCUUUGACAUAGUUUAUUCAGUGUUCUAAUGUGAUAUUUAUUUUGCUGUUGUUUUUUAUACAUAUACUGUAUACACACAUUACAAAUAUAUCAAUGGUUUAACUUAUUUGUGAAAAAUCUGUGAGAAUCCAUUUAGAAUCUUUUCAAUGUCCUUGUGUUCCAAAUAAUUUUGCAAAAGGAAUAAAAAAACAAAAAGAAUCAAUAAAA